CUCACAACAUCCUUUCAUUCUAUAUUUCCAUUUUUCUUAAUUUCUAUAUUUCUAUAUUUCUAUAUUUCACUUCCUUGUUCCAAUCCUUGCGCAAUACUGUAUCACCUUAUCACGUACCCCAUCGUCAACAACAUUCAGCCAUUUCAGCCAUUUCAAUCUUUCCAAUCAUUCAGAAACAGCCUAAAACUGACCCCAUUUCUCUCAUUCUGACGCAUCUCUUAAAGACAACAAUACCCUGCAUCGCAACACAAGAUCUUAUUCUUUCCUUUAACCAACCUCAAACUAGUGACUAUCAAAGCCUUGCAUUGUUUGUUUCUUGGAUAUAAAAUCAUGUUGAACCCAACUAUCCUGGCAUCGCAACAUGCACAAGACCAAGAAGAAGUGCAUUCGCAUCUAAUGCAUCCCAUUUCUCAUCAUCAUCACUUGGGUACAGCUGCCAGAUACACUACCGAACUAGAACAACAUCAUCAAAAUCACUUGCAGAUACAGCAGAUACAACAGCUGCAACUGCAGCAGCAACAGCAACUGCGUAUGCUACAACAACUACAUCAACCACAUCCACAACUGUUAUUACAGCAUCACCAUAGCCUUGUCGGGCUUCAUGGACAGCAGAUGAACCAAAAUAGCCAAUUUACUCAAGAGUUACUCCCUGAAACUUAUCUGCAGCAACAGCAGCUACAAAACGAUCAAUCCGAAGAUGGGCGAGGUCGUCCAUCAGAGACUGUUGCUGUCGAGUCGGGAUUCCAGCGGAAGCGAAGUCUAUCAGUUCCAUUGCUCUCCAUGGGUCAACAGCAACAGUCACAGCAGCAACAACAACUUUCAGAACAAGAGCAGGGUCCAACAGUUGCUGCAGUGGCAAAUCAACUCUCAGGACAGACAGGCAAAGACGAUGAUGGUGAUCAGAACAUGGAAGCAGAUGAGGAUCAAGAUAACGAUAAUAAUAGUAAUAAUAAUAGCAAUAACAAUAACAGGGACAAUGGUGAUCACAAUAGAGAAUACCGCCAUCAUGAUAGCUCCAACACUUCCAUCGAGAACGUCAAUGCAAGUACAGUUGUAUCAACGACAAUUGUGGCACCAGAAGCUUCUUCCGUAGUGGUGUUUAACAAACUUGCAAUAUCACGAGAGACUUUUCUUGCAUCGUUACCGCGAACGGUUCGCCACCGCAUGUACGCAUCAGGCCCACAGAAUUAUCCGCUGUAUCAUCAUAAUAAUAGGCAAAGCAACAGCAGCUAUACUCUGCGCCACCAUCUGCAUUAUAACCCUUUUACAUACCGAAAGUUCCCUCCUUACCAAUACUGGGGAGCUUCUGCGCAGCGUGACUACCAUUUGGCCACCAUUGGUGUCAGUGUCUUCAACCGUACGAAUGCACAAUUGUUGUCUCAUGGGACAGGGUCCACAACAGCAUCAGUAGGGGCCUUGAAUGAUUCAGGAUCAACUCGACCAGGAUUAAGUCCGGGAGUAGGAGACAUGGUGCUACGGUCUUCGGUUACGAAUGGUGGUAUAAACAAGACAAUGUAUCGAUCAAGGCUACCCGUACAUUUACGCCACAUUACGUCUCGUAUGAACAGACGUGCAGUGAUAUGCACUGAUGCAUACGAAAAUGGCAGUGCGGGAGGAGAGAGGGAAGGGGAAAGAGGAGGAGGAGGAGGAGGAGGAGGAACGGAGGAAGAAAGUAAUGUCAACAGAAACAUAGCAGGAAAUCAAAACAGCCAAAGAGACCUAGGCAUGGAAGAUUCUGUAAAUGGGAUCCUAUUGUCAAGUUUAAGUAUCCAUGAAGGCUCGCCCCAGAGCACAUCGACACCUCUCUUCGCUGCAUCGGUCACAGAGAACAGUGACGGGAGUGGUGAUGGCUUCAAUUCAAGCUCAAAUCCUGUUUUAUAUUCAUCGCAAUCAUUAUCUUCACUGGAAUCAGAUCGGAGGAAACUUUCGGACUGGAAGCGGGUAUCAGCACUUAGUGUGGAUAUGAGUGAUACGCAAGACAAUCAUAUCGAAAGAGGAGUGACUAUGCGUCAUCGAACAGGCGAUGAUCUUCUGAUGGGCAGUAGACUUUCAUCUGGACUGAGGUUGUCUUCAGUCAACGGCAGCUCCACCGGUUUGAAGAGCAACAGUAGCAGUGGCAAACACUGGAUGAGUCAACGAAACGGGCUGGCAAAUGUGUUACAAUCCGCUGGGGGCACUGGAAGCAAAUCAGGCGCUGCUAGCACUGUAGAUCGACUAGUUGAAGAGAUGAAUAAGUGGUCUGUUUAGAGGCAUGGUGAUGUCAAGGAAAAGCUCCAUCUUACACUAGCUCUCUCUUUCCUGCAUUAGAGCGCUAACAUCCCGUCUAUAUAGAGCUAUUUCAAUGAAUGUGAUAAAGGCCGAUGAUUGAC